CAGAUGGGAGCAGCGAGGCGUGCCCCGCUCUAGGGCAUGUCCGGUCUGGAGGCGCCAUCACCCCAGUCGCCUCCCCCGGCGCCCCCUCCCUCCUCGUCGGCCAUGACGGUGGACUUCUCGGCCUUCGGGCUGCCCUUUGGGGAUGGGCCCCAGGGCCUCUACCUCUUCCCCGAGGCCCCCUUCUCCCCCAAGGACAAGGGCUCCUCUCCGCAGAGGCACGGUCGCGCCACCUACGACCACGCCGGAGACGCCAUGCUCAGCGCCAUCAACUACGGGGAGGAUGAGGUCCUCCAAGAGGGCUUCGAGGUCCCCUUUGGCUCACUGGACGGCUUGCUCCGGCUACCCCCUCGGCCGGCCACGGCUCCGGCCGAUCCGUCCCCUUUCGAUCUCCUCGGCGACACGGAGCUUCAGCUGUCACCGCAGUCCUUUGGAACGGCCGCGGACGCCGUUGGAUCACUCGGCGGCCACGGAAGCGACACGGGGGUUGGGGGUCACGACCCGGGGACGAGCGGCCCUCUGUCGUGCGGGGGCGGUCUCCUGAUCAAGCAGGAGGUGGACCGCAUGUCGCCCCUGGUGGCGCAGCCGAUGGCUGAGCCCCCAGCCAGGACUCUGCUCAAGGUUGGCGGCAACGGGAGGGCGCCCUCUGCCCAGCCCUGCCCCGUCUGCGGAAAAGUUUUCAGCAGCUCCAGCGCACUGACCAAGCACAAGCUCACUCACUCGGAUGAGCGCAAGUACGUCUGCCAGCAGUGCAACAAGGCGUUCAAACGGCAGGACCACCUCAACGGGCACCUGCUCACGCACCGCAACAAGAAGCCAUACCAGUGCGAUGUGGACGGCUGCGAUAAGAGCUACUGCGACGCCCGGUCCCUCCGGCGCCACAAGGAGAACCACCAUGCCUCCGUGGCGCUCACCGUGCUGCCCUUUCAGGCCAUCCCUCUCCCUCCCCAGCUGCAGCUGGUCUCCUUCCCCUCGGACGAGAGGGGCCCCUUCUGGGCGUCCCAGCCGGGGUCCCUGCUGGUGGCCCCCCAGGAAGGGCUGGUCCCCUCCCGGAAUCCCACGCCCCCCCGGCCGUCUCCCCAGCCGCAGCAGCAGCAGCAGCAACAGCAACAGCAACAGCAACAGCAACAGCAACAGCAACAGCAGCAGCAGCAACAGCAACAGCAGCAGCAGCAGCAGCAGCAGCAGCAACAGCAACAGCGGCAACAGCAACAGCAGCAACAGCAACAGCAACAGCAGCAACUUCAUCAGCAGCACCAGUUACAGGACGGGGCUGCACCUCCUCCGCUUCUUCAGCAGCUACUGGAGCCCAGCAAGUCCUGGCAGGCCCUGCCCACAACCGUGAUUGAACGUGCCCAUGUGCAGGUGACUUACUCGACGGAUUCUCUGAGCAACCUGGGCGAUCUCUCGCCCGGAGGCAUGGAGGUGGAGGCGGCCCUGGAGGCCACCCUCUCGGAGUGCACCCUCUGCCGCCGCAAGUUCCGGGGGUUGGCCGAACUCGAGGCCCACGUGCGGUUGCACCACAGCCACGGCAUGGCCGAGAGUGGCACUGUCUUCCAGGAGGACAUAAAAAGCGAACCGGUGCCGUGCCAGCCGCUGCGGGCGGAGCCACCCCGAUGCGCCACUGCGAAUCCGAGGGUGCCCACCCUGUCGGAGGAAGAGGAAGAGGAGGAAAUGAUGGCGAACCAGCCGAGGGCGCCACUGCCGCCGCUGAGUGCCUGGUCGGCCGCGCGCGUCCUUCGUCCGAGCGUUGGCAGCGAGCGGCGGCGGCACUCUGAUUCGGAUCACUUGGCGUUUGAGAGGGGCAGCGGCGGACUGUUGGCAGACCUGCUGCUGGGUCCGCGGCGGACGGCGCGCGUCGGCUCAGAUCCGGGGUUGGAACCACUGCCGUCCUUUGCACACUUGCAGGGUUUGGUAACGUCUGGCCGGAGCUCCCUAGUACCCUCGCCGCCCGACGCCAUCCCGUACGAAGAUCCGCAAGAGGAUGACCCAUUCUCGGGUCUCGACGAAACGUUCGAAGAGAAAUCGCAGCCGCAGCAUGAAUCAUGCACUUUCGUCGAAAGCCCCUCGCCACCGAACGAGCUUCAAAUUGUCGAGCAAGACGACGACGUAAUCAUGGUACCUGCGUCGCCACCCGUCGACAGUUCCUCACCGCCGCCUUCGCCGAGCGGCCAGCAAGGCAUCGACGACAGUCCACCCAGGAGUAUGCACGAUCCGUCGGAAGAUGCGAUCGCGACGGAGGCGCCCGUCUGCAAGGCGCCGGACUUUGAUGACGACGACGUUUUCCUGAGCCCGAUUCCCACGAGUCCGCUGCGGAGCCGGCGGAAGCAUCGGCCCGAGCCCCUGUACAUACCCCCGCACGUGAACGCCAUCGGGUUCCCGAGCCGGCUGCGCUCCCCGCGCCUGUGGGACCCCUGCGCCGAGGCAGGCCACAAGAGCGCCGUGGGGGGCACCGGUGCGUCGCCCCCGCCCUACACCCCUCCGCCCAUGCUGAGCCCCCUCCGGUCGGGCUCAGGGCUCUUCUGGCACGUGUACCCGGGGCCCCGAUCGGCGGGACCUGCCACCCCCCACACUGGGACGCCCAGAGACCGAACUGCCACGGUGCACGUUGCCGGCAUGACCGCCGGCGUUUCUCCGUCGCCCGUCGAGGCUCUGGGUGAAGCUCCCCUCUCGGACGAAGAAGAAGAGCUCGCACCCGAGACGGACAUCCUCCCUCACGUCAACGUGGGGCCCCAGUUUCAAGCGAGGCUUCCACCCUUAGACGUAAAAUCAGCCCUGGAGGCCGAGCACAAGGCCGACAUGGUUUGGGACCCGCGAAACUGCGAUCACCUCUGCGACGACGAGCUCGACGCAUACCUGGAGCUUGCGAGCUCUGCGGUGGUGCCGGGUGGCGGUCGGAACCGCGAAUACGCCUUUCACCUCCUGGCGCUGUGCCAAGGGAACCUGCAGGAGGCAACACUGCGGCUCAUGGACCGCCAGCCAAUGUUGCCAGGUGGCCAUCCGCUCCUCACAUACCGCUACGCCGAGUGUCACCGCUGGAGUAGGGAGGAAGUGGAACGCUUCCAAGACGCGCUGGCAACCUUCGACAAGGACUUCCUUCAUGUCGCUUCCAAGGUGGGCAGCAAGAGCGUGCAGCAAUGCGUGGAGCUGUACUAUGUCUGGAAGAAGGUGGCGCCCGAGGAGUACCGGCGGCUGUGCUGCACGCGCCGGCGGAGGGAGCUCGAAGCCGUGGCGCCCGACACAGUGUUGCCGGACGACGAAGAAGGAGAGGAGGGCGGGAGCCAGGACGCACCACCCAACAGCCCCCUCGCCGCCCAGCCCCCACCGCCGGAGCUCCCACAGCAUUGCGAGCCCCCGCAGGAGUUUCCCUGUCGACUGUGCGGCAGGGUGUUUGCCAAGGUGAAGAGCCGAAACGCCCAUAUGAAGAGCCACGGUGCAUCACGCGCCGUCGGAAGUAGCCGGUUCGAGUUCUGAGACGCACGUAAGGACGUGAAACUUUCCCAAGGACUCGCCGUCGAUCCCGCUCGCAGAGCUGGAGGUCCUGCCAACCGUGUCGCUACGGACGGCGUCUACGAGCCGGGCCGGCCGAUGACUACCGGCGACCGGAUCAGCCAACGUCCACGUGUACGGUGCCGGGAACGUGACUUCGUCCGGUGCAUUCAGCGUCCCGUCCUGCCCACACGUCAGAAGUAGUCCCGAAGUGGCAACAAAUGACACGACUGAAGCUGCUGCAUCGUCCCAACUGCCCAAAUGAAGCGACGUCCCAACUGCACCAGUCGGAGACACGUACCAGACACCGUAAUCCUGUCUAGCGAGGGACACCGUAUGUACAAGAGAACAUGCCCAACUAUCGUAGGCUACGAGCACGACUGGCAGGUUGCUAAUUCUGCGUGGGACGUACCAGGGCCUAAGCCUUUGGAACAAAUACAGUGCGCGGGAUUGCCCAGGGUUGACGGUAUGCGGUACGUGAGGCGGUUCUAACUUCCAAGCAUGCGGACGACGGUGUGCUCGCGGUGAAACCCGAGGCCGGCGGACGACUUCUUGCGCCGAAUGUCACCUACAGCCAUGCCAUGUAGUGGGCACAGAGAUUCGAGUUGGCGAAUGGCAUUCUUUGUACAGAGACCAAGGCUAACAAACUUGCCAGCUGAGGAGCAAGAAGUCCGACAGUAGGCCUGUACACAGCAUGGCUUGGCAUUUAAGGUUUGCAGACUGCUCAGCUGCUCUGUUGCCCAUGCGAGAGCAGCUGAAAACCUGGACCGGCGUGCCGCAUGUCAGGUGUCGACCAGCUUAAAAUUUAGACUGGCAGACGACAUCUUGCGCGAAUAGCCUCCCUUUACGAAAAUUUUGAUAGACAAAAGCUUUUAGCCUAUUCCGUCGAUGCUGUCCAUCGGUGUAUUGAUCUAAUAAUGCGUGUGCGUAAUGGUCUCGCAGCACGUGUGUAUAUCUAUGGACACAAUCAUUUUCAAAAGAGACCGACAGGUUCAAAGGGCUAACAGGCACAUCCUAGGGUUGAGGCCGACGGUUUUCAUCCAAUAUACAGCUUAGCCCAAGCCGAGACUCGCUAAGCCGACAUGCCAAGAUCUAGGCUCAUGUAUGUUAUGGCAAGUCCCAUGUGCGGCAUAGCUAGUGUCUGGAAUGUGUCUCCGACUGGCGUGCUUAGCGUCCUACAUCGCCCGUGCGACAGGAGCGGUUCUGAAGUGGCAACAAAAAGCAGCGCAAGAGGCGUGGGAGCCGACGUGUCAUGUCGUCGGUUGUCACAAUUCUGUCGGUUGGUUGCAGGAGUGCUGGCCAAAGAGGUGAGCGUCGCCGUCAUUGCGGCAUCCCAGCUCGUGGUUCCCAUAGUUUCCGUCGACUGUCGGGCUGCGGAGCAAGCUACAGCAGAACAAGCGUCCGCUGUAUCCAGUUUCGCUGCUGUGCCACCUCCGGAAUCGUGGCGAACAGCAGCAUUACACAAAAUGUCAUUGGCAGGAAAUUAAGGAGAUAAGAAUGAGGGACAUGGCAAACAGAUCAUUUGGACGCUUGUCCCAGGCACCAUAGUGCAACCCAAGACCUAAACUGAAAAAUGGUCUGCUUUGAGGUGCAGACCGAUUUCCUGAAUUAGAGGGUACAGCCACGGACACGAGAAACUCGAAUGUGCCGACACGUGGCGUUAGGAGCGACGUUCGUCCAAACGAGGGAUCACACGCUCGACACUUGGCUGCACAGUUAGAUGUGCCACCACCCAACUGCGUCAACGCGACGGACGAAGCGGUUAUGUCUUCUGGUUUGUUUCGUCCACGACUAUCUCUAGACCGCCCGUGCGAGCAGAGCACAAAACCUGAUUGCGCAGGUUUCAACCUGCGUACCGCUUAAUCCAAAGCGCUAAGCUGGCUCGGCGUGCAAAGUACCUUACGGUUAUGGAUGUCAACGCGUCGGGCGCACUUUACGAGCCAAGAGGCGGCCCGGCAAGUGACGUGUAUGUACAUAAAAAGUCGAGGAGUCUAGACGCGUCGGCUGUGUCAAACUAUGUUUCAGUUUACGGACUGGCAAGCAGCAUCCCGCGCACGAGGGGGCCGGGGAGCUGGAGUAGAACUUAUUGCUCGGCGGCAAAUGGCAUUUCUCAGAGCCCGCGUCCCCUUCCACGUGGCGGUAGUUUUUUUGCCAAGGCUGCAAUUGCUCAAGCGUGCGUGCGCACAUGUGUACGUCUGCAUGUUUUUGUGUACAUGACUGUAAAUACUAGGUUGAUUUUUCAUUGGCCCUUUUUCUUGUUCUCGAGCCGGCCGUGCGAUGGGCCGUCGUAUUUUUGUACUCGCGAGGUGCGUCAUCGAUUAAACGGCUGUUGGACACCACUGUCUCAUGUGUUCUCUGUCGACGC